CAAAAGCAUUUCUGGCUAUACAUUGCAGAGGCAGUUUGCAGUAAAGGCAGAAAUUAUGGCUGCCAGGAAACCUUGCUCCACUGGGAAUUUCUUCGGCAAGAGUUUCCCCAGGGCCAUCGGCAAGUUGGGCGAUGAAAACAAACUUGUCAAGACCGAUGACAGCCCUCAGCUGCCCAAUGCUCCGCUCUUGCUCUGGGCAGGAAAGGCAGAUUGGAAUGCUGGAGGUGCAGCGCCCAAGCGGAUGGGAAAGCAACCAAAAGCGCCACUUUCUCCACAGGAUGCAUAUGCGUUGUAUCUGCAGUCCUUGGUGUCGCUGCCAUCUGCUGGUAAGGAUUUUGCAGAGACAGCCGAGGUAUCAGAAGAUGACCUGACAGUGCUCAAGCAUGAUGCAGCCUUGGAGGGCCGAAAGUCCUGGGGUGAGCUGUCGGACAAGGAGCGCAAGAUCUUUGAGGACAUUGCCAAAGAGGACACCAAGCGCUUCCAGGAGGAGGCGGUCCACUACGAGCUGCGCAACCCGGGCUGGUUUGCCGCAUGGCUGCAGCGCCAGAGCGUGGCCCCCGACGGCAGCCGCGCGGCAGCUGCCGGGGGCGCUGCCGGCCGGCCCCGGCCGCCGCUGACGGCGUGGAUGGCGUUUGUUGAAGCCACGCUCGCCCGGCUCCAGGAAACGCACCCGGAGGCUGCCGCAGGCAUCAAGCGCGUUGAGCUCAUGCGGUUGGCCAUGAAGGAGGCCGCGCCCGUCUACAAGAGCCUCACGGCCGAGGAGAAAGCCCAAUACAUCAAGAUAGCCGAAGAGGACAAGGAGCGCUAUGAGAAGGAGCUGGCGGCUCUGCCAGCCGAGAAGAAGGCCAAGCUCAGCCGCAAGAGCUCCAAGAAAGCCAAAAAGACCCGCGGCGCCGCAGCGCGUGCAAAGAAGGCUGUGCAGGAGAAUGCAGAAGAGCAGCAGGCAGAAGAGCGGCAGGAAGAAGAAGUGGACACCACCGGCAUGACAGCGCUGCAGGCGUGGGCCGCCAAACAGCGCGUCGCGCGCCGCGCGGCCACUCGCAAGAGCGCCGCGCCAACCCGUCGGCCCAGAAAGGCUGCGCAGAGAAAGGCGGCUGCAGAGGAGGGAACGUUGGAGGAGGACGCCCCGGCCGCUGAGGUGGAGGCUGAGCUGGCAACAUUGCCUGAUGAGGCGUACAUCCGCACAUGCGCCACCGGCGACAGCGACGUCAGCAGCGAUGACGAGGACGAUGACGACGACGUUGACAUCAGCGAUGAUGACGACACUGACUCAGCGCACGGGGAGCCCUCAGUCAUCGCUGACACACAGGCCGACGAGCCCAUGACACAGGCACGCAAUCCCAACCAUGCACAACCAUCCAAGCCGAUCAAAUCGUAG